UUGAGCCACCUCCGAAAGGCACUCGCACAACUUCCACAUAGUAUCCCCCUCGGAAACUCCAAAUAUAAUUUUGAGCACUAUGCUCCAGAUCCGGAGAGGGUCGAACUCUAUGGCAGUACCGAAGCCGCACUGAAUAAUGUGCUCGAGGUCACAUUUGCACCCAGAGGCCGGAAGGAUGAGUCGGCACCAUGUCCGUUCGAGUUUCAAGAGCGUGGGCCAGGUCUUGUUGCAGUCAUUGAUGUCCUAACGGCUGCCCUCAACGAGUUUCCCGAUUCCGUGCUGCUUCGAAAAUGGGUUCAUGAUCUG